AUGAACUUGACAAUUCCUAGAGGAGACAUUAUACUGGAGCAUGGAAAGAUUUUGGAAAUAUAUUGCAUUAUUAAUACGUCGCAUAGGCUCUCAGAGGGUAGAAAUGCCAGUCAUUUACGGUUUUAUAGGAACCAGAAGCUGUUAGGAAAAGAAAAUGUGAAAAUACUUAAUACCACGACGGCAAAGUUGACUGAAGCACUGGGGCCGUCGAAAAAUAGACCCAAACCAAUUUACAAUUUUAUUUGUACCUCGGAGAACUGGUCGAAUCUCAAUUGUUCCUGGAAAGAAAGAGAAAACCCAAUAGCAACCACCUACAAACUUAGUUUUCAUUUGCCUGGUCGUUCCGGAGGAAGGAAUCAGUUCGUGUGCCCAGGCAACACUGAACGGUUCCAUUACUGUCUCUGGAACGGCACUACUACUCCGAGAUACCGCGCUGAGUAUGAGUUCUACUAUUUCCAGUUCACUGGAACGAAUGUUCUCGGAGAAACCGUUUUCCCAAAGAUUCUCUUUCAUCAUUACGGACAUGUCGUUCCUUCAAAACCAUAUAGACUCACAUACCAAAAUGUGACAACGAAUAGUGUAUACCUCCAUUGGGAUCUGGAUCACCGCCUAAAGCAUUUCCCACCAGGAUUCAGCUACAAAUUACAGUACAAAGCACUAUGUGAUCCCACAGAAGAAUGGAAGACCGCCAACACUUCCGCACUGCCAAAAAAGAUGUUCAGCUUCGCCUUGACAGAUUUGGAAUAUGGCAAUGCAGUGUACGAAGUAAGACUGUUCAUUCAGUCGAGAGUUGCAGCUGCGAAAGAAAUUUGGUCACAACCAGCUGUUACUAGCUUCAAGACUAAGCCAGAUGUUCCCAAAUUUCCUCCCCGGACACAAGAAGGAAGCUUCCAGGUCUUCAAAAAACAGAAUCAUCGCGAUUUAAUAGUAUACUGGCAAAAAAUCUCUAGGUGUGCCGAAAAUGGUGAAGGAUUCAGCUACAGGAUAAUUUCUGUUGAAGAAAAUGGCGAGCGUAAAGCUAUUAAACCAGAAUACAUUGGAAUGUCAUACGCACAUUUCAAGAAACUGACCUUCAAGAGCUACAGAUUUGAAAUCGUCUCGGAGAAUAAUAUUGGCUAUUCAGGGGAUAAAUCUGUCCUUUUUGUACCAAGUGAAAGUGAGAGGCCUCCUGAGCCUACUGGUGUCACAAAAUAUGUAACUGAGGAAGGAACUACCCACAUUUCCUGGAAUCCAGUUUCUGAUACUAUGUGGUCUAACAAGAUUCAAAGUUACACUAUAUUUUGGUGUCAGAAUCAGCAUGAAGAGUCAAAUCAUUGUAGUGGCCAGUUAUAUUGGACAUACUCACAUAGAAAUAACUCCCAAACAGAACUGGCUUUCGUCCAGAGCAAAAUUAAUGACUUUGCAAUAUCUUCAAAUUAUUAUUCUGGCAGUAGUGGCAUGGUCUGGGUCACGUGCAAUAUACAAACCAAAGAUGAACUACUUAAGGUGGCUACUUUCCAUGUCAGUGCCAGAUCUUCAACUUCUAUUGAAGUUAGAUUCCAUAUAGAUUGUGCUAAAAAUUUACAAGAGAAUGUAUUUUAUAGUAUCUUCUACUGCCCAGUGGCUGUUUCAACUGAUUCUAUGUGUGGAGCGCCACUGAACAAAACAGUACAGAGUAACACUGGUGAAAUAAUAACAGUGGUCACAGAGCUGCUUCCACAUACCACAUAUUUAAUUUAUAUAAUUCCUGUUGCCAUUAAAGAUGGAGAAGUAAGUAAAUAUGGUGAAGCAAGUGACAGAAUUUAUUGCAAAACAUUUGAAUCAGCACCAUCGCUACCCCAAAACAUUAGUUUAUGUGAUGUUACAAAUCAAUCAUUGGUGGUGAGGUGGAAACCUCCACAGCAUUUGAAUGGUAUCCUGCAGCAUUAUAUCAUACACUACAAUGGCAAAUCAUUAACAACAGCACCUGCCAAACAUCUAGAGGUAAAAUUGGAGAAUUUAAAAAGCUUUACACAAUAUGAAGUGUCAAUGUCUGCAUGCACAAUUAUAUGUUCAAAUUUUACCAUUCCUGUUAACAUCACAACUGAUGUUGGUGCUCCAGGAGCUGUAAACAAAAUAUCAGCAAGAAUGAAGAUGACAUCAGAAAUAGAAGUGAAAUGGGAACCACCAAAGUUCAAAGGAGGUCAUUUAGAUUACUAUGAAUUAAAAGUUAUAUCUUUAAAUACGUGGAACUCCUCAACAAUUCAGCAUUUCAAUUCAAGUAAUCUUCUGUAUAUAAUCCCUGUGCCGGACUGUCACCACGUUUCUUUUAGUUACAGUUUUGCCAUCAGAGCUGUAAACAAAAAUGAAUCAAAUUAUACUUUCUAUGGACCAUGGAGUGAAACAAAGGAAAUUUUCUGCAAUGCAAUAACAACAAAGAGCUCCAUCACAGAAAAAACACAAGGUGUGCACAUGGUCGUUUGGGUUGUAGUAGCCGUGAGCCUUGGAUUAGUUUUAUUUGUCAUAUUUACUCAAAUACAAAGAUGUAUAGCAUGGUGGAAUUCUGCACAAAAGAUUGAAGUGAAAUUGCCUCCAGGUUUGGCUCCCUGCUAUGAUGAAAAUGAUGUUGGUCAUACAGAUGUGACAUGGCUGCUGAAAGUUGAUAAUUUGCGUAUGACACAAAAUACACAGCCAGUGGCUGAUAACGAGCUGGACAGAGAUUGGCCUGAAAAUCAUUCAGGGCAUAGAGAUGGACAGCUGUAUGUAGCCGUGGGGAGAGAUAUGCCAGCCAACUGUGGAACCGAAAUGGAGCAGAUGGUCACAGUAUCUCAAGUCCUUGUUGCAAGUGUAUCUGUGGAAGAAGUGUCUGUGUUGGGAUAUUACAGAACAGAUAACAUCAGAAGUGAUGAUAUCUCAGCCCAUAUAUCUGUAACAAGCAAUAUACACAGCCUACCAGUAAAUAAGGACAAUGUUAGUGAUCAAAGUGAGUGGUCAUUGUCAGACUGUAUUGUGAGAGAAAACAUGUCAGUUGGAGACAUGUACAAUGACAGCUACUGUCUUCAUGAUCUUAAAGAGUUACAGCAGAAAAAAGUUGAACACAAUUAUGUGGACUAUACUUGUAAACCACAAGCAUCACUUUCUUUUUCAGAUUUAUCAUCUUUAAGUUCUGUGUCAUAUAAUUUACCUGAACAUAGCCCACAGCUCAAGGAUUUCAUUAACAGACAAAACAGCCUAGUGUCAUUAAGUAAUCAGUGUUCUUGUUCUGAAUCUGAACUUUUUAAUAGUGUUGAGCAGGUAACACAAGUAGAAAAAGAUGUCAGUGAAGAAAGUCAAAAAAUUUCUGUUGACAACAGUGAAAACUACUGUCUUCAGAGUCUCAAACAGACACAGCAGCAAAACCAUGAAAACAAUUAUAUAGGCCUCAUCUCCAGGCCAGAUACAUCAAUGUCUUUUUCAGACUUAUCAUCUUUAAGUUCAACAUCAUUUCUAAAAAAUUUCAUUAAUAGUGGAAACAGUGAAGACUCACUGACAGGACAGUCUUUAAAUUCUGAAUGUGAACUUUUCAGUGAUGUGAUUCAGGAAGAAAAGGUAGAACAAGUUAUCAAAGAAGAAAGAGGGAAGGAAAUGUUUGUGAAAACAAGAAGUAAAUUAAACUCAUCUGAGAGUACAUUAACUGCAGUUAAGCAUGUUCCUGACUCUUACUGUCGUAUUGGAGUGUAUUCAACCACAUCUAAUGUUCAAGAUAAGUGUGAAAUUGUUCAGCAAAUAGAGCAUCAAGCAUUGCAACCAGUAGACUUAAAAUGUGAAGCAAAGUCUAUUAAUGUACAGACUAAACCAGAAUUCAGUAAUGAAUGUUCUGAUGAAGAUGUGUGCUCCGUGUUAUCAGAUUUUGGUUCUUUGGAAUAUCUUACAAGUAUGGAAAAUGUUGAACAUAAAACUAAAAUUUCUAAUGGCUAUGUUGCCACAAACACUAGUUAUUGCCACUAAUGCAGGUUGAAUCCCUGAAAAUAGAAGGAGCCUGUAUUUCUUCUUGAGUUUGGUUCUUACCAUUUUCUGUUUUUGGUGAAAAUACUGAUCCAAUUUACCACUCUCAUGCACUUCAACAAAUUAAUGAAAAGUUUCUAAACUUAUUCAUAACAAUCUGUGGAGUUUGUUUGGCUUGCACAGCAGAGAAUGUAUAGUUGGA